CUUGUGUACUAGAGUGUAGUAUACUAUCGCGCAGUACGCUUUCGUCUCUCGCGCAAGCAGGAUUACAUCUAUUCUCAAAUCCACUCAACUCCCCACGUGCUUUUGUCAUUUCCGCACUCAAAAUCCUCAGUUAAUUUAUUUUACUUUUGUCACGUUUCGUUUUUCGGUUUUUUGAGAAAAAAAAAAUUACCUUUUUUCGAAAUUCUGUACAUUCGCGGUUUCGCGAAAUUCCGCGGUUUGAGGUGACAUCGGUGGUAAUUAUUUGUGGUGAUUAAAAAAACUAAAUCGGUAGAUGAUGUGAAUGAUCUCUGUGACCAUAAAUGGAUUUGUAAUUUGUGAGUCGGCGAAAUUGUGUGGGCUGUCAUGUGGUACCGUAAUAUCAGCUCGGUUAAAGAUUUCGCGUGAGCGAUAUGUAAUAACUAUUUAAAUAAAAUAUAAGAAUAUCAGUGAGGUGAGUUGAGUUUAGUUGAGGUGAGGUGAGUUGGGUUGUAAGAUGUUAACACGAGAAUUCUAACGCGUUGGUGUUAGUUAUUUGCAUGUAUAGACACUCCCAUGUGAUGAAUGAGUAUUGAAGAUAUAGAUAGUUGAGUAGUUUGCGUGGGUAUUAUGAGUGUGUACUUUUAAAACGGUUGGUGUUUAUGUUUUAAUUUUAUUUUUUAAUUUGUUUACUUAACACGGAUACGCCAGAGCUAUUUCUCAUGGGCACGAAGAGCUCGUGUGGGGAAGGGACCAGGCUCCGAUAUGAAGAGUGAAUUAAAUGGGGAAGUGAGUGAGAAUAAGAGAGCGAGGGACCAGUGGAUACUCUGUGGAUCGGGAGGCUUGUUUGUGAGCUAGAGGAAAACAUUUUGCUAUUGACAGAGGUGUAUGACGAGCGCAUGUACGUGUGCAGAUGCAAGACACUGUACCACUGCUGGAAGUGGGUCCGCAUCCGCGAGGUUCUAUCGCAUGGACAAUAACGGAGAUGUUGGUAUCAUAUACUGAGGAGUGGUCUUUUUAUUGAGAGGAUAUUAUGUUAGUCGUGGGUAUGAGAAGAUUAUGCAGAGUGGGAUUGGCCGCAGCCCUUGUAACUGCGUUUUUUGUUCUUACUCUAGUGGAUAUGCCUCCGCAGAUCGCGGAAUUACCCACGGAUUUAUCACCUACGCCAGCGACGGCUAGCGAACCACCAGGUACGCGGAGCAUCGUGGCGUAUUCAUGGGCGCGAAGAUUGGCGCUGGAUUAUCGGCCGUCACGUGAAUGCAGCAGAGCCACCAGCAACGAGACAUUAUCGAGCAGUUGGUCCGGCGAUGCCGAGAGGACUUGGCUUGAGUCUAUUCCCGGCCACUUAUUUCUCUACACUGGUCACUUAGAUAUUAGAGUACUUGGAUACCCAAGUGUACGAGUGAUUGGCGUUAAACGAGAGCCGACAGGGUCUAGCAUUCUCUACUGCACUAUUUGGCAAGAAGAUGAUGAAGGGAUCCAUUCAUACAGUAUGGAAGCCUUGGUGUCCGACAUCUGGGUGGACGAGUGGGGCGGCACAUCGACAGACUACACUGGCAUCUUGAUAACAUGCCCACUUCCCCAUUACGUGAGACCCCCCACCCGAGUGUACGUGGGCCCGAACGCGUGCUACCAAAAUCCUAGUCAUAGUUUAAUUGUCAAUAACAAUGUUAAUAACACAGUGAUACCUAAAACAGAGUUUACGUUGUGCAUUAAGGGCCUGGACUUUGAUGAAGACAUAAGUCAUCGGCUGAUUGCCUUCUUCGAGCUGUCCCGCAUCCUGGGUGCUGGAAUGUUCUACGUCUAUGUGUUCAACGUCCACGAGAACGUGACGAAAGUGUUGAAACUGUACGAGAAAUCAAACGUCGUCAGAUGGUUCCGUCUGAAUUUACCUGGCGAUUUGCCCAACGACGUUAAGGCAAGACGGCGGCUCUUCAGCAGUGAUAUUUGGAUGAAGAGGCGCAUGGAACUGAUACCUUACAAUCACUGUUUCUACGACAAUUUGUACAGUUCCGAGUUCAUUGUGCCCAUCGACAUUGACGAAAUAAUAAUUCCUAUUAACGUGAGAACUUGGUCAGAAUUAAUGGCCAUCGAAAAAAACAAAGCCGGCAGUUCUUUUUACGAUUACGCUUCCUAUGCAGUAAGAAAUGUUUACUUUUUUCCGGAAUUGCAAAGACUUGAUAAUAACAAUAAUAAUGAUAACGAUAACGGUAAUAGUAAUAGCAAAAUAACAAGUACCGUUGACAAUGACUCACGUUUGCUCAAUUAUUUUCAUACACUGAGAACAUCAAUUGUGUCCCCGGAAGGCGACUCGGUCAAGAGUUUUGUGUCUACUGAGCGUGCACUCACCAUUCACAAUCACUAUGCCUUAACGACACUAAAUCCGACCUCAAGACGUGUCUACCAUUUAGAUCCACACCAAGUCCUGAAACAUCAUCACAGGCAUUGCGAUAAUGAUCAUCUCGACUGCAAUCUUCUGAUGAGAGACCUGACUGUCGACCAAUCUGCUCUGAAAUAUAUCCGCGAAUUCAAGUCAAGAGUCAAAUUUGCUUUAAGUUAUCUCAAUGCUUCCAUGUAGUAUUUUAUAACAGAAUCUUUUCCUUGUUAAUAAAAAAAAGUCUUAAUAUUU